CAAUGAGAGAGAAAGUAAAGUAUCUUACCGCACCAAACCGGACACAAUGCGACCCCCCCAAAUGCAUAGUUUGAAGCAGCAGGCGGCCAUUCAGAUACGGAUUGAGCAUUUAACACAUUGAGCGUACAACACACGCGAAGCGACCCACAACAGCAUUUUAAUUAGGACAGAGUGAAUAAGAAAUUUUAACAAAAAAAAAAAAAGAAAUUUAUGCAGAGGCGAGAAGUAAAACUUUGAACGAAACUCGCAAAUUAAGCAAAGCAAAAGUUAUUACUUCAUAUUUUAUUACUCAAAGAACGCAAAUAAUAUUGACACUUGCCUUGGUGGUUACGACAUCAACACUACACGGUGAGCUAAGAUUAUUCAAACACAAUGGAGAAGAAACUCCAUAGCGGUAUCCAUCAUCCCACAUUGCGUCAGCUUCAAGAAUCGGGAUGUGAGAUAACUCCACAUAAUCUAAUGUAUCCCGUAUUCAUACCAUGUAACGACGAUGCCGAGGAGCGUAUCGAUAGCAUGCCCGGCAUAUACAGAAGAGGUGUGAAUAAACUGAGAGUACAUCUCGAACAGUUGGUGGCGAAGGGCUUGAGUUCCAUAUUAAUAUUUGGCGUCGUUGAAUCGGACAUGAAGGAUGAAAAUGCCACACAUGCCGAUUCGGAAAAAAAUCCUGUUAUCAGAGCUCUACCUUUGUUGAGAAAGUGGUUUCCAGAUUUAUUGAUAGCUUGCGAUGUGUGCCUGUGUCCCUAUAUGGCGCAUGGUCAUUGUGGCAUACUGGACGAAUGUGGUCUACGCAAUGAGGAAAGCAUUACACGCUUGGCCCAAGUUGCCGUGGCAUAUGCUAAAGCCGGAGCACACAUAGUUGCUCCCUCCGAUAUGAUGGACAAUCGCAUUAAGGCUAUAAAAGAAGGCCUUAUUAAGGAGAAGCUGGAAAAUCGUGUCUCCGUGCUCUCUUACGCAGCGAAAUUUGCUUCGAAUUUUUAUGGCCCCUUUAGGGACGCUGCGAAAAGUGCCCCAGCCUUUGGUGAUCGUCGAUGUUAUCAAUUGCCCAGUGGUUCCAAGGGUCUAGCAAUGCGUGCCGUUCAACGAGAUGUAAUGGAAGGUGCCGACAUGCUUAUGGUUAAACCCGGCAUGCCUUAUUUGGACAUUUUGCGUCAGACAAAAGACACAUUCCCCAAUCAUCCGCUUUAUGUGUACCAAGUUUCUGGUGAAUAUGCCAUGUUCAUGUACGCCUCCAUGCAUGGUGCUUUCGAUUUGAGUCUGGCAUUAAUGGAAUCCAUGAAGGGUUUUAGACGCGCAGGUGCCGAUUGCAUUAUAACAUACUACACUCCCAAUAUUUUGGAUAUUUUGCAAACACAAAAUUGAGACGGAGAAAAAAAUCAUCAUCAGUCAUUUGAGCUAAACUCAUCAUAAGUGUACUUACUAAGGUAGCUAAGUUCCUGGGUGGAAGAGAUUUUUUUUUUACUAUACACUGUCAUACAUGGGACAUGGAACAAUAACAAAUGGAAAAAUAAAUGUACAA